GGCUGCUGCUCAUUGUCAGUUUCGGUCCGGACGCGCUGCUGCGAACAUGUUGGCGCCGCCGGUGUUGUUGUCUUUAGUUGUGGCGGCGUCGUUAACGACGCUCGCCGGCGCCGACCUCGGCGCCCUGCUGCACGUGUGGGAUCCCGCGGCGCCGCUCGCCUGGCCCGACGUCGGCCCCGUGGCCCCCGACUGCCUCAGGCAAAUGCGCAGACUCGCCCUCGCCCUCAACGCUGCUCAACCCUGGGCUGAGAAAAUGUAUGACUCGACGGGGCGGAGCAACUCUCGCUUCAUGUUCGGCAGCGAGUACUGGCUGGGCUCUCGUCUCGAAUGCGAGCUGAUCAACCGGGAUAAAACCGAAACGUCGGCGCCGCGAACCGUCUUCCGAAUCGCCACCCUUUUGGUCAAUUUGACGCAAGAGCUGACUCCCAGACCGAGAAAGGUUUCAUUGGGUCUGUGUCUGCCGGCCGAGUGCGGAGCCCUGAGCCAAGUCAAGCAGCUGACGCAACUCAUGAUCUCACACACCGCCCCGAGGCAGGGACUCACCAGGGACAUCCAGGUCCCCAGGGUGAGGAGUCUCCCUGGCGACUAUACGCUUUUCGGUGACCCUGGAUUCAUUAUCUUCUUUGUUUUGUGCCUGGCGAUAUUGACAUUGACCGUGAUCGGAACGGCAAUUGACCUGUACCAAGUGAGCAGGUCCAAAACACGCGUUGAGCCGUUCAGGCCGGACGAGAAGUGCAAAAAAGGCGAGUGCAAUGCCAACACGCUAGGUUACACGGCACAAGGCCCUGCGCCCAUCGAAAUUUCAGCCGAAGAACUAAAAUGCAACAGCAAGAAAAAAAGCCUGCUCAAAAAUUUCAUCACCCAGAGUCGGGCCCUGGAAGUUCUGACUGCAUUUUCGCUCAAACAAAACGUGCGGCGCUUUUUCUCUGUGAAGGAAAAGAGCGAAGGCUCGCUCACCACGGUGCACGGAUUCCGCGUCUUUUCGCUCACCUGGGUCAUCGCUUGCCAUACAUGUCUCUACACCUUCAGAUUUUCAGAUAACCAAGCGUUCCGCACGCUCGUCGAGAAGGAUUUUUUGUUUCAGUCGAUCAGCAACGGCAACUUCUCGGUGGACACUUUCUUUUUCAUUAGUGGUACCCUGAUCGCCUACGUGUUCCUGAGGUCGCGCGACACCAAGAAGCCGUGCACCGAAAGCGUCGGCCGCAGCGUCUACACCUACGUCUGUUAUUUCGUCUACAGAUUCAUUAGGCUGACGCCGCCGUACGUCGUGGCCCUGGCGCUAAUUUCCUUCUCGACGCAGUGGCAGGCGAGCAACUCCGUUUUCGACCCUCCGACCUGGGACCACCUCACCUGUCCCAAGGUCUGGUGGAGGAAUUUCCUCUACAUCAACACCCUCUUCCCAGUCCAGCAAAUGUGCAUGAUCUGGAGUUGGUAUUUGGCGGCAGACACCCAAUUCUACGUUGUUGGCACUGCUCUUCUCUUCAUCUAUUUAAGACGUCCACGUGUGGCGGUUUCGCUGGCGGGGGUGCUGCUGCUGGCGUCGUGGGCCGUGACGGGGACGAUCAGCUACAGUCUGAAGCACCAGCCGAGCAUCGAGCAGCCGUUCGAGGUGUUCGACGACCUGUACGACAAGCCGUGGACGCGUUUCGGGCCGUACCUGGUGGGCAUGGGCGUCGGCUGGUUCCUCAGCGAGACGAACGGCGCGGUGAAGAUGAGCCGCACCGUGGUGUGCGUCGGCUGGACGCUGGCCCUCAGCACCAACUUCGGCCUGGUGCACGCGCUCUACGGCCGGCUGCUCGGCACGGCCGCCUCUGCCGCCUACGUCGCCCUGUCGCACACCCUCUGGGCGGCCACCGUCGCCUGGAUCCUGGUCGCCUGCACCGCCGGACACGGCGGCUGGGUGGCACGCAUCCUCUCGGCCAAAAUGCUCGUCCCCUUCAGCAGGGCCACCUACUGCGCCUACCUCGUCCACGCCGGCAUCAUCCAGUGGGUCUACUUCAACAUGGACGCGCCCCUCAUCAUGAACAGGGACCUUGUCAUUCAACUAAUUUUCGGUUUCGUCUUGACGUCGUUUUUCGCGGGUAUCGUGCUGUCCAUCGUGGUGGAGGCGCCGGUCACGCGUCUUCUCUCUCUUCUUCUGCCCAUCCGCGAAAAGACGCCCAAGCCGACGAACGCCAUGCCGUGCACCUGCACCGAGACCCACUGAAAGAAUAAAAUGGGUGCAGAGACAGGGAGUGAAAGUGUGUGUAUAUUUCGGGAGUGCAUGUCAAUUAUCGCGCGACACGAAUAUAGGAGAUGAGAAAUAAAACUCAAAAAACGUGUUCUGGAUCACACGGAGCUUGUGGAAUUAUUGUAAUUAUUGCCGGUGUGACUUAACUCAUUGGAAGACUGCUUCUUAUGGAAAGAUGGAUUAGCUCUGCGCAUAAUUUGUAAAUAAUUUUUGCUCAACACAAAUAAAGCACCGAGUGAAAGAUUAAACUACAUAAUUUAUAUUUCUUUGACUAGAUAGUUGUGUGCAAACAUUUUGUGUUUUUUAUAAAAUAAAAAGACAUCUUUUUUGUACAAUAAUAUGUUGUUGCAACACGCUUUUGUUAGAACUUGCAAAAUAAAAAUAAAUCUUUUUAAACGUA